AUAUAAAAGAUGGUAUGAAAAAAAAAUCCAACAGUUCUGGAGCUGUACCUGUAGACCUCUCUCACCAUGGAGUGGAGAGCAUCCACGGUCUCCGUACUGCUUCUGGCACUAACCGGCAUUCAGGUUAAUUCAACCAUGGUCUAUCCCAGUAACCAUGUCAACAGCAUCUGCAGCAUGUGGGGAGACUUCCACUUCAAGACGUUCGAUGGAGACGUGUACCAGUUCCCAGGCAUGUGCGAGUAUAACCUGGUGUCUGACUGCCAAAGCCUCAUUCACCAGUUCUCGGUUCACGUGAAGAGAACAGAAAACAGCACUGGGCCGAAGAUCAGCAGGGUGUCGAUUACCAUCAAUGACAUUGGUGUUGAGUUGACAGAGAAACAGGUCCUAGUCAACGAAGAAAAAGUAAAGCUGCCGGUGCAACUCGCAGGGAUUCUUGUGGAAGAGAACACAAUUUACACCCGGCUCUAUUCCAAAAUGGGCAUCACUGUCAAGUGGAAUAAAAAUGAUGCUGUUAUGGUGGAACUCGACUCCAAAUAUUCCAAUCGCACUUGUGGACUGUGUGGCGAUUUCAAUGGCGUCCCAGUUUAUAACGAGUUCAUUGAAUCCGGACGGAGGCUUGGCUAUGUUGAGUUUGGUAAUAAGCACAGAGUUCGCAACCCAAUGCAUGCCUGCGAAGAUCCUUUUGAAAACGCAGAUGAGAAAAAUGUGGUGAACAAAUGUGAAAAAGUUCAGACAGAUUGUGCAGACCUUUUGAAGGAUGAGAAAUGGUCUUCCUGUCGCUGGGUUUUGAACCCAGAGCCAUAUAUCAAGGCCUGUACAAAUGAUAUUUGCUCACGUCAACCUAAAGAUAAAGACAGCAAAACCUCUGCGAUCUGUGCGUCUCUGUCUGAAUAUUCACGUCUGUGCUCUCACGCUGGAGGAGCUCCGCCGAACUGGAGAACGGCAGCAUUCUGUGCUGUGACAUGUCCCUACAAUAUGGUACAUUCUGAAAGCGGCUCCCCCUGUAUGGACACAUGCUCACACCAAAACACAAACUCACUAUGUGAGGAACACAACACUGAUGGCUGCUUCUGUCCGCCAGGAACUGUGUUUGAUGACAUUUCAAACAAAGGCUGCAUCCCAUCAGAAAAGUGUAAGUGCAAGCAUGACCACAUCUACAGCACAGGAGAGAUCAUACGCAAAGAUGAGGGAGAAUGUGUAUGUGAGGAGGGAGAAUGGGUCUGUACGAGUAUCCCCGGUCCUGGCCUGUGCUCUUUAGAGGAAGGAUCUCACUUCACCACCUUUGACGGGAAAGAAUUCACUUUCAAUGGAGAUUGUCACUAUGUGCUUUCAAAAGACUGUAACCAGACCAAGUUCAGCAUACUGGGGGAGAUUGCUCCUUGUUAUACUCGUCAAACUGAUACCUGUUUAAAGUCUGUUGUGGUGCUGUUUUACAACGACAUGAAAAAUCCUCUGGUUAUUAAAGCUGAUGGGUCAGUACAGCACAAUGCAGAUAUUUUACUUCCGUACAUUACAGCUGACUUCACGGUUUUCAUGCCGUCAUCGUUUCACGUCAUGCUUCAGAUCACCUUUGGGCUGCAGGUUCAGAUUCAGCUAGUGCCUCUCAUGCAGGUGUACAUCACUGUGGACCAAAGCCUCCAGGGCAAGACUUGUGGUCUUUGUGGAAAUUUUAACAAAGUGCUGUCAGAUGAUCUGAAGACCCCUCAGGGAGUGGUGGAGGGUACGCCGGUCUCCUUCGCAAACUCCUGGAAGUCCUCGUUCAACUGCCCCGACCGUACUGAGAGAAUGGACGACCCCUGUUCCUACAGCAGUGACAGCGAGAACUUUGCCCAGCACUGGUGUUCCACGAUGCAGGACAAGGCAAGCCUCUUUGCCAAAUGUCACACCACUGUCAAUCCAGACAGCUACUACAAGAGAUGCAAAUACUCCAGCUGUAGCUGUGAGAAGAGUGAGGACUGUCUGUGUGCGGUGGUCUCCUCAUACGUCCGGGCCUGUGCGGCUAAAGGAAUAUCCCUCCAAGGCUGGCGAAAAAUUGUGUGCGAGAAGUAUACAAAGAAUUGCCCAGCCUCGCAGAACUACUCAUAUCAGCUGCAGACCUGUCAGCGUACCUGUCUUUCUCUCGCCUCUGAGCGCCAAAGCUGCAGUGUUGACUUCGUGCCUGUUGAUGGAUGCGCAUGUCCAGACGGACUCUACCAAGAUGAGAAUGGACUGUGUGUACCAAGCGAAAAAUGUCCAUGUUUCCAUACCGGACAGAAAAUUAAUCCCGGCAAGUCGAUCACCGUUAGGGACGAACACUGUAUUUGUAUAAAAGGAAAACUCCACUGUCGUUCCUGGAAAAACCAAACUCAGGUAUGUUCCUCGCCGAAGGUUUUCUUCAACUGCAGCACAGCGGCCCCAGAUGAAUAUGGGUUGGAGUGUGCAAAGACUUGUUCACAACAGAAAGUUGACUGUUUCUCAGUGCACUGUCAGUCUGGCUGCCAGUGUCCUUCAGGUCUGUUGGAUGAUGGCAGAGGACAUUGUGUUAAGCCGGAUAACUGCCCGUGUAAACAUGAUGGACAGUUUUAUAUACAAGGAUCUACGAUAACCUCAGAUUGCAAUAAAUGCACUUGCCAAGGGGGGAAAUGGAAAUGCACACAUUAUGAAUGUCCAGGAAUAUGCACCAUAUAUGGCAGCGGACAUUACAGAACCUUUGAUCAGCAAAGGUUUGGUUUCAGUGGAGGCUGCAGUUAUAUUGCUGCUCAGAACAAUUGUGGAAAUAAAACUGGCAAUUUUUACGUGAUCACUGAGAAUAUGCCUUGUGGAACAACAGGAACCACAUGUUCAAAGUCUGUUAAAAUACUUUUGGGGAGGACAAUGCUGCUGCUUUCUGGUGGGACAGUGAAAGCCGCUGAUACUGGAAGUGGUCCAGAGAUCAGGUACACUGAGAGAAACUUUGGCAUGUACCUUGUCAUUGAUGCUAACAUCGGACUGACAAUUUUGUGGGACCGCAAAACCACCGUCCGCAUUAUUCUGCAACCUCAGCACAUGGCUGAUGUAUGUGGCUUGUGUGGAAAUUUCAAUGGAGAUGCAAAAGAUGACUUUACCACUCAGGGAAAUUUGCCAACUACAAAUGCAAUGGAGUUUGUGGACAGCUGGAAAGUGUUAAGUAGUUGCCCAGAUGCAAAACCAGACUUCAACCCAUGCGUUGAGACCCCAAAUCGAGAGAACUGGGCAAAAAUACAAUGUAGCAUCAUCAAAGAUAUCAAGGGACCAUUCAAAUCCUGUCAUAACAAGGUGGAUCAUAACCCAUAUUAUGAUAACUGUGUGAAGGACUCAUGUGCGUGUGACACAGGUGGAGACUGUGAGUGUUUCUGUACAGCUGUGGCAGCUUAUGCUCAAGCCUGCAAUGAGGCAGACGUUUGUGUGAACUGGAGAACACCUGAGAUCUGCCCUGUGUACUGUGACUACUACAAUACUGGAACAGACGACUGCACAUGGCAUUACAGUCCUUGUCAUACAUCUUGCUACAAAACCUGUCUCAACCCUAAUGCUACCUGCGACAACAAUUUACCCAACCUUGAAGGAUGUUAUCCAAAAUGUCCAGAGGAUAAGCCUAUUUUUGAUGAGAAAAAUCAGAUCUGUGUGGCGGAAUGUAUACCAACAACAACACCAAAACCUAGCACAUCAUUUUUCCCUACAACAACAACUACAACAAAGCCUACUACAACAACACCAAAACCUAGCACAUCAUCUUUCCCUACGCCAACAACUACAACAAAGCCUACUACAACAACACCAAAACAUACCACACCAUCUUCUCCUACACCGACAACUACAACAAAGCCUCCUACAACAACACCAAAACCUAGCACAUCAUCUUUCCCUACACCAACAACUAUCACAUUUACAUCAACAUCAACUAAGUCUACGACAUCCUGUAUUAUAUGUGGGUGGUCUGACUGGUUUAAUGUAUAUAAUCCUGAUUUAGAAGGAGGGAAUGACUUGGAGACUUAUAAAAACAUUGCAGAACGUGGAAAAGAAAUCUGUAAAGAGCCAACAGGUGUCGAAUGUAGGUCUGUAAAAAACUAUAAUAUGAGCUUUGAAGAUUUUAUUAAUAAGUCAAAACAAGUUGCCCAGUGCAAUGUUUCAUAUGGAUUGGAGUGUAAGAAAGAUCAACAGAAAGACCGCCCUUUUAAAUGCUUUGAUUAUGAAAUACGUGUCUACUGCUGUAUUCCUUGCUCACCUACCUCUACACCGACAGCUACCACAAAGUCUACUACAACAACACCAAAACCUACUACACCAUCUUCCCCUACACCGACAGCUACCACAAAGUCUUCUACAACAACACCAAAACAUACCACACCAUCUUCUCCUACACCGACAACUACAACAAAGUCUACAACACCACCAAAACCUACCACACCAUCUUCCCCUACACCAACAACUACAACAAAGUCUAUCAUAACAAUAAUAGAACCUUCCCCACCAUCUACCCCUACAACAACAACAACUACCACAAAGUCUACUACAAAACCAAUUCAUACCACACCAUCUACCCCUACACCAACAGCUACCACAAAGACUACUACAACACCAAAACAUACCACACCAUCUUCCCCUACACCGACAACUACAACAAUGUCGACUACAACAACAGAAAAACCUACUACACCAUCUACCCACACAGCAACACCAAAACCUACCAUACUACCUUCCCCUACACCAACAACGACAACAAAGUCUACUACAACACCAAAAGCUACUACACCAUCUACCCCUACAUCGACAGCUACCACAGAGUCUAUUGCAACAACAUCAAAAUAUACUACAUCAUCUUCCCCUACACCGACUGCCACCACAAAGUCUACUACUACAACACCAAAACAUACCACACCCUCUUCCCCCACACCAACAGUUACUACAAAGUCUACUUCAACAACCAUACCAUCUUCUGCUGCACAGACCACAAAGUCUAUUAUAACACCGACAGCUACCACACCAUCUACCCCUACAUCAACAAUUACAACAAAGUCUACAACAACAACAUCAAGACCUACCACACCAUCUACAAGUACAUCAACAGCUACCACAAAGUCUACUACAACACUGAUUCCUACCACACCAUCUACCCCUACACCGACAGCUACCACAAAGUCUACUACAGGAACACCCAAACCUACUACACAAUCUUCCCCUACACCAACAGCUACCACGAAGUCUACAACUACAACACCUCCAACACCAAAAUAUACUACACCAACUUCCCCUACACCAACAACUACAACAAAAUCUACUACAACACCAAAACUUACCACACCAUCUAGCCCUACACCAACAGCUACUACAAAGACUACUUCAACAACCAUACCAUCUUCUGCUGCACAGACCACAAAGUCUAUUACAACACAGACAGCUACCACACCAUCUACCCCAACAUCAACAAUUACAACAAAGUCUACUACAACAACAACACCAAAACCUACCACACCAUCUACCCCUACAUCGACAGCUACCACGAAGUCUAUUACAACAACACCAAAACUUACCACACCAACUUCCCCUACACCGACAACUACAACAAAAUCUACAACACCAAAACUUACCACACCAUCUAGCCCUACACCGACAGCUACCACAAAGUCUACUACAACACCAAAACAUACGACACCAACUUCCCCUACACCGACAACUACAACAAAAUCUACUACAACACCAAAACUUACCACACCAUCUACCCCUACACAGACAGCUACCACAAAGUCUACUACAAAAACUAUUACAACAUCCUCCUCUACUACAUUUUCUCUUAUUACUGGAACAACAAAAUAUGUUUCACAAAUUGUAAUCACAAGCCCUACACCAACAGCUACCACAACGUCUACUACAACACAAAAACCUACAAUACUACCUUCCCCUACACCGACAACAAAGUCUACAACAACACUAAAAGCUACCACACCAUCUUCUCCUACACCGACAACAACACCAAAACAUACCACACCAUCUUCUCCUACACCGACAACUACAACAAAGACUACUACAACACCAAAACAUACAACACCAUCUUCCCCUACACCGACAACUACAACAAAGUCUACUACAACACCAAAAGCUACUACACCAUCUACCCCUACAUCGACAGCUACCACAGAGUCUAUUGCAACAACAUCAAAAUAUACUACAUCAUCUUCCCCUACACCGACUGCCACCACAAAGUCUACUACUACAACACCAAAACAUACCACACCCUCUUCCCCCACACCAACAGUUACUACAAAGUCUACUUCAACAACCAUACCAUCUUCUGCUGCACAGACCACAAAGUCUAUUAUAACACCGACAGCUACCACACCAUCUACCCCUACAUCAACAAUUACAACAAAGUCUACAACAACAACAUCAAGACCUACCACACCAUCUACAAGUACAUCAACAGCUACCACAAAGUCUACUACAACACUGAUUCCUACCACACCAUCUACCCCUACACCAACAACUACAACAAAAUCUACUACAACAGCAAAACUUACCACACCAUCUAGCCCUACACCAACAGCUACUACAAAGACUACUUCAACAACCAUACCAUCUUCUGCUGCACAGACCACAAAGUCUAUUACAACACAGACAGCUACCACACCAUCUACCCCAACAUCAACAAUUACAACAAAGUCUACUACAACAACAACACCAAAACCUACCACACCAUCUACCCCUACAUCGACAGCUACCACAAAGUCUAUUACAACAACACCAAAACUUACCACACCAACUUCCCCUACACCGACAACUACAACAAAAUCUACAACACCAAAACUUACCACACCAUCUAGCCCUACACCGACAGCUACCACAAAGUCUACUACAACACCAAAACAUACGACACCAACUUCCCCUACACCGACAACUACAACAAAAUCUACUACAACACCAAAACUUACCACACCAUCUACCCCUACACCGACAGCUACCACAAAGUCUACUACAGGAACACCCAAACCUACUACACAAUCUUCCCCUACACCAACAGCUACCACGAAGUCUACAACUACAACACCUCCAACACCAAAAUAUACCACACCAACUUCCCCUACACCGACAACUACAACAAAAUCUACUACAACACCAAAACUUACCACACCAUCUAGCCCUACACCAACAGCUACUACAAAGUCUACUUCAACAACCAUACCAUCUUCUGCUGCACAGACCACAAAGUCUAUUACAACACAGACAGCUACCACACCAUCUACCCCAACAUCAACAAUUACAACAAAGUCUACUACAACAACAACACCAAAACCUACCACACCAUCUACCCCUACAUCGACAGCUACCACGAAGUCUAUUACAACAACACCAAAACUUACCACACCAACUUCCCCUACACCGACAACUACAACAAAAUCUACAACACCAAAACUUACCACACCAUCUAGCCCUACACCGACAGCUACCACAAAGUCUACUACAACACCAAAACAUACGAAACCAACUUCCCCUACACCGACAACUACAACAAAAUCUACUACAACACCAAAACUUACCACACCAUCUACCCCUACACCGACAGCUACCACAAAGUCUACUACAGGAACACCCAAACCUACUACACAAUCUUCCCCUACACCAACAGCUACCACGAAGUCUACAACUACAACACUUCCAACACCAAAAUAUACCACACCAACUUCCCCUACACCGACAACUACAACAAACUACCACAGAGUCUAUUGCAACAACAUCAAAAUAUACUACAUCAUCUUCCCCUACACCGACUGCCACCACAAAGUCUACUACUACAACACCAAAACAUACCACACCCUCUUCCCCCACACCAACAGUUACUACAAAGUCUACUUCAACAACCAUACCAUCUUCUGCUGCACAGACCACAAAGUCUAUUAUAACACCGACAGCUACCACACCAUCUACCCCUACAUCAACAAUUACAACAAAGUCUACAACAACAACAUCAAGACCUACCACACCAUCUACAAGUACAUCAACAGCUACCACAAAGUCUACUACAACACUGAUUCCUACCACACCAUCUACCCCUACACCAACAACUACAACAAAAUCUACUACAACAACCACAAAGUCUAUUACAACACAGACAGCUACCACACCAUCUACCCCAACAUCAACAAUUACAACAAAGUCUACUACAACAACAACACCAAAACCUACCACACCAUCUACCCCUACAUCGACAGCUACCACAAAGUCUAUUACAACAACACCAAAACUUACCACACCAACUUCCCCUACACCGACAACUACAACAAAAUCUACAACACCAAAACUUACCACACCAUCUACCCCUACACCGACAGCUACCACAAAGUCUACUACAGGAACACCCAAACCUACUACACAAUCUUCCCCUACACCAACAGCUACCACGAACCCUACACCGACAGCUACCACAAAGUCUACUACAACACCAAAACAUACGACACCAACUUCCCCUACACCGACAACUACAACAAAAUCUACUACAACACCAAAACUUACCACACCAUCUACCCCUACACAGACAAAUAUUUUUCACAAAUUGUAAUCACAACAACACCGAAACCUUCCGAAACCCCAAAAUCUACUACAUCAUCUUCCCCUACAUCGACAGCUACCACAAAGUCUACUUCAACAACACAAAAACCUACCACACCAUCUACCCCCACACCAACAGUUUCCACGAAGUCUACUACAACAACACCAAAUCCUACCACAUCAUCUAGCCCUACACCAACAGCUACCACAACGUCUACUACAACACAAAAACCUACAAUACUACCUUCCCCUACACCGACAACAAAGUCUACUACAACAACACUAAAAGCUACCACACCAUCUUCCCCUACAUCGACAAGUACAACAAAGUCUAUUACAACAUCAAAACCUACCACACCAUCUUCCCCCACAACGACAGCCACCACAAGGUCUACAACAACAACAACACCAAAGCCUACAACACCAUCUACCCCUACACUGACAGCUACCACAAAGUCUACUACAACAACAUCAAAACCUACAGUACAAUCUUCCCCUACACCUACAAGUACAAUAAAGUCUACUAUAACAACAGCAAAACCUACCACACCAUCUACCCCGACAACAACACCAGGACAUACCACAUCAACUAGAUCUAUAUCGACAACUACAGCAACUCCACCAGACUGUCCAGAAUGGGCCAAAAAUACCAAUGAGACCUUCUACUUGUGUAAAUGCAUGAUGGCUAGGUGCAUAAAAGACAACAACAUCGAAGUUAUCCCAUUUCAAUGCCCUCCACUGCAGAACAUCACCUGUGAAAAUGGCAAAAAACCAGUGCUUGUCGAGGAUGAGUACGGCUGCUGCAAAUAUUAUGCAUGUGACUGUUUUUGUGAAGGCUGGGGUGACCCACAUUACAAAACAUUUGAUGGAAAAUUCUACAGUCAUCAAGGAAACUGCACUUAUACCUUAAUGGAGGAAAUUAGGCCUCAAACACAUUUGAAGAUCUACAUUGACAGUGUCUACUGUGACCUUGUUGAGCGUGUAUCCUGUCCCAGAUCUAUAAUUGUGUCUUACAACAAGUUAGUCAUAAAACUCACAAAUCACAAUCUAUUAGGAGGUGCAGACCUAGAGGCUUUUGAGAACAAUGUAAAGUUACGGCUGCCAUAUGCUUAUAAUGGUGUGAGAGUUAUAAGCUCAAGCCUAGACUUGUUCUUGAGUAUUCCAUUGCUGGGUGUUAAUAUAUCAUUUGGAGCUACUGGCUUUGGCAUCAAUUUGCCAUUCCAGCAUUUUGGAAACAACACACAAGGUCAUUGUGGAACAUGUAACAACAACAAGGCUGAUGACUGCAUGAUCCCUGGAGGGAUCUUGGUGGACGACUGUGCAGUGAUGGCAGAUUACUGGCCAGCCAGUGGUGUGAAUGGUGAAGUUUGCACUCCACCAUCUGCAUUACCUUCUGUUCCAGUUAUAGACAAACUUCCAUCUAAGCCAUGCAAGGGUCAUCCUGACUGCUACCUCCUUAAUAACGAGUUGUUCAAAGCGUGCCAUUCCCAUAUACCUCCACAAAACUUCAUUUUAUCAUGUCAGUAUGACAGUUGUCAUAUGGAAAACCCUGCGGUGGUGUGUAUCAGUCUGCAGACAUAUGCCAGGGCUUGCCUUCAAUUAGGGAUCUGCAUAAACUGGAGGAACUACACUAACCUUUGCAAUAUUGAAUGUCCAGCAGAUAAAGUCUUCAAUCCUUGUGGUCCAGCUGAGCCACCAUCCUGUGCUGAUAUACCUGAACAAAAAAACAUUAAAAUGCGCACAGAGGGAUGCUUCUGUCCUGAGGGCACAUUACUCUUCAACAAGAACACAAAAGUUUGUGUGAACAAAUGCGGAUGCCUGGAUUCCUCUAAAACACCACGUGAUCUUGGUGAGGUAUUCGAGUACAACUGUGAGGAGUGUAUCUGUGAAAAGAACAGCAAAUCAGUGAGCUGUAAGCCCAAAGCGUGUCUCGAUGUCAGCCCUAAGAUCUGCACUGAACCUGGCUUUGUUCUGGUCAACGUCACCAAUCCUUCAGACCCAUGCUGCAGUAAACAAGUUUGCAACUGUGAUGUCAGCAUGUGCCCACCUAUGGAUAAAAAGUGUCCAAUUGGACAUAACCCAGUCGUGAAAGUGCCAGAUGGAAAAUGCUGUCCAGAAAUCAAAUGCGAGCCAAAGAAAGUGUGCGUCUACAAAAAUAUGGUAUAUGAGCCUGGUACCAAUAUCCCCAUCGAUGGCUGUCAGGAAUGCAGAUGUACUUUGGACGUGGAUCCUAAAACGCAAUUGUUAAUGACCAAAUGUCAACCUGUGAAGUGCAUUGAGAAAUGUGAUCCUGGUUAUGAAAACAUUAAAAAGAAGCCUGAUGACUGCUGUGGAGAAUGUGUGAAAACUCACUGCAUUGUCACUAUUAAUGGCGUCGAUCGUACAUUAAAGGAAGGUGAAACUUUGCCCUCUACAAAUCAGGGCUGUGACAGAUUCACGUGUACUAAAAUUAAUGGACGGUUCAUCACCAACAAAUACACAGUCCAGUGCCCUCCUUUCAACAUUUCCAACUGCCAGCCUGGCACUGUUCAGCGGUCGUCUGAUGGAUGCUGUAAUGUUUGUGUUGACCAAAUUAAGGGAUGUCGAGUACAGACCGUACGCAAAUACAUACAACAAAAAGACUGUAUGUCAGAGAAGAAAAUGGACCUGACAUUUUGUAGUGGAGACUGUCCCAGUUUUGGCAGGUACAGUGAACCUGAAUUAUCCUCUUGUACCUGUUGCCAGGCCACUCAAACAAGUAAUCGCACUGUGACACUUGGUUGCGUAAACGGAGAUAUAAUUACCCAUGCAUACAUCAAUGCUGAGAAAUGUGCCUGCAGCAAAGCUAACUGUCAUAGAGAGGACGUGGGCAAGACACUCACUGAAGACAAAAAAUAAAAUGCAACUUGGGACUUCCAUGAGCAGCAGCGAAUCAUCCACCCGAAGACAUCAAUUAUUUGUGAAACUUUGGGAAAAAAAUUUAAUAGCACAUGCUUUGUUUAGCAUUUCUUAAACGUGAUCUAUAAAGCUUUUCUUUUUUCUUUGUUUGAUACACAUGUACUGUUUUGCGUGCUUAAAAUUAGCAAUUAAAAAGGCAUUUUAAAAGUAAA